GCUCCCUCUUCUUGUGCCUCCGUUUGAGGUAAAAACAUCUCGUUUCUCGAGCAUAUGACUCGGGGAUCGAAUUGAGGCUUGCGUUGUUAAUUGAACCCGGCGUUGAAAGCCGAGGCGGCGCGCGAUAACGAUAGGAUCGCGGAAAGAAAACGAUUUAUUCUCGCCUCCUUCGCCGUCCCUGAGCAAUCAAUAUGGCCUCCGGCCAUCGCUCGCUCGCUCUCACUCGCAGGGCACGCCAGCGCGGCCAUCUUUCUCUCUCUCUCUCUUCCUCUCUUUCGCUCCACCGCGCGGAACUCGAGGCGAGGCGAGUGCAGCGAGUUCUGUGAGUUCAGUCGAGUGCGGUCGCGAGGCCGCGCUGGGAGCCUUGAUUCGGUCCAGGAUUCCGUCAUCUGAUCUCGAGCAGGAACGGAUGUCCGGAUGACAGGAACUCUCGCACGGUAGGAGAGAGAGAAGCGGCGUCUCGCGCCAUCGGAGGAUUCCACGAGUUCCCUCAUGAACGCGUUCUCGGGGUGAGUCGCUGCACCGGUGCUGGAAGGAGAGAGAUAGGAUAUAUAUAUAUAUAUAUCUUGUCUGCGAGAGAUCUCGAGUAAUUGAAGGAUAUUUGAAAUUCCAAAUGCCUCGCCGGUGACUCGGAAUUAAAGAGGUUCCUAACUAACAAUAAGAUGAGGUACGUCUCUGGGUGUGCGCGUUGUUACUCGUUACGGCGAACUUGCGGCUCGUAGCAGGAAUUGAUUGAACGCAGGUAUGGCCGACGUCGCGUCGUCCGAGGGCGACAACGGACUUGUCGUGACGACGACGACGACGACGACGACCGUCGAGGGUUGUCGAGGCGGGCUGCCGGUGACAGCGGAGAGUGCCAGCGUCCAGGAGGAUGCCACGACCGCCACCGACAACGGGGUUGUCGACGACAAGGUCAGCAUCCACGAGAUUCUUGAGGGGAUGACGAACGAGUUCAACAAGGGCGUGAGUCCGGUGAAGCAGAACGAGUGUGAGAAAAUAAUGGGAGCGGAGGAGGCAGUCGCGGCGCCGUCCUCACCCUUGAAGCUCGUCGACGAGGGCUCCAAGGACGAGAAGGACGGCGUGGAAGCCGAGGAGGAGGAGGAAGAGGAGGAAGAGGAAGAGGAAGAGGAGGAGGAGGUCGUUGCGAACUGCGAGGACACACAGGUUUCUCAGGUCACGCCGGAGGAGAAUCACAAGGACGAGGAUGAAGGUUCGGUGACCACAAAUAAGCAGGAGACUGUUAAGAAAGACAAUGGUAUACCUAGGAUUGUCCUUACAUUCAGGACUAUCGAUGAGAACACAGAUCAUGGCAAGAAGACCAAGAUAUCCAGCUGCUCGUCCAAUCUCACUCUGGUCCCUGAUGAAUUGGCUAAUUGCGAUCAGAUUGGCGGUGUCUCUGUGAAGAUUGAGAAUUCUGAUGAGAAUUCUGAUGCGAUGGAGGAGUCCCAAGCAGAGGAAUCUCAAAUAGAGGAGUCCCAGACAGGGGAGACUAAGAAGGAAGAAUCUGCAAAGACAGUGGAGCCAAAAACUGCGGAUGAGAAGAAAGUGGAAGGUGCGGAAGAGAAACAGGACAGUGACACGCAGUCUUCUGUUCAGAAAAAACCUGAAACUGUGAAGAAUAAUGUUGAUAGCAAUAAUGUCGAAGCAAAGCUUCUGGAAGAUACUGAGCAAGAAACUACUGCACCAGUUACCAGGAAAAGAAGGAUUGGACGACCUAGAUUGCGAGCACUUAGUGAUUUAAUCCCUCAAGACGAGGAUCCUCCAGGUCCCAAGCGAUCGGCUAGAAGACUUUGUAAGGAGUCUUUGAAGAGCACUGUACUAGAGAGUGCCAUGGCACGUAAAGAAAAGUCUAAUUACACGGAGGAAGCGGUUAAAAAAAGGAAAUACAGCAAACCAGGUCGGCCCAAGAAGCUGGUUGCAGGUAAAGAUCAAAUAAAACAGGCUCAAGCAAAGUCCUCUGAUGUUCAUCAAGAAGCAGAGACGUCGUUGGUGUCUGAUGGUAACAUUAGCAUAUCCGAGAACUCGAUGUUGGAGUCCUCACGCAACACUACAUUAUCGGAGAAUAUGAACGAUAGCGUUGCCGAGGACGCGCAGUCAUUUUCAUCCGACUUCGACGGGAUGCCGAAAUUGUCGCCGAUGACGAGGAGUUCGGAAUCACAAAUGAAACUCGGCAACUCCAUCGGUAGUCCUGGCAGCGACGAUGUACCUCUGGCGGAUAUUCAGAAGCCUUUCCUCAAACCUGCCACUGCUAGUCGACCCAAGAGAGAAAGAGGACGUCCUCGUGGAAGUAGCCAAGCGGCCCGAAAAAUAGCAAAGGCCGAUCCGUACGAAGCUGGUUCUCCAACCGUUGCGGAAGCGGGAAAGCAUAAUGAUUAUCCUGAAGAGAUUCCAGUCAAACGAACUCGCAGGAGUAUGGCGCCAAGCCCGAGUCCUGCGGAAGGACAGGCUUCGAAGCCGGAAUCUACGGCGAUUAUGAGCGAAACGUACGGUCAAUCUAUGUUAUGCUUGUGCCAAGUGCGAUCUCAGUUGUACGUGACGAUAACUGGUUCUGGGCAGCCUUUGUACUGCACGGCGAUAGAUUCGAUCGACAACCGGAUAGUAGGAUGCUGCAACGAAGUGGACAGCAACGACGUGGCGAUGCGACGACCGAGCACUCGCGUACCUUUCAUUAUCCUCUGUCGUAUGCACAAGGAACGGCUGCUGCGCCACAAUUGUUGUCCUUCCUGCGGUUUGUUUUGCUCGCAAGGCCGGUUUGUGCAGUGCAGCAAUGGUCAUCAGUACCAUCGCGAGUGCGAAGUUUAUCCAAACAAGAAGGGCGUGUGUCCGCACUGCGGCUGUGAAACUGCUGCUUACGAUGUGCUAGUGACAAUGAAUGGUAUGCGACGACCGGUUUAUAUACCUACGCGUAAGAAGUAUUCCAAAUUGCCCUCGGCGAAGAUGAGCCUGCCUGGCAAAGGUGACAAUACCAAGCUGGCCGAACGUCCGCCUAGUCCGUUGAUCAAGCCUGAAGUCAUCAAAAUACCCGAACCGUCGAUUAAUACCGAGAGACCAGAGCGUUACACCAUUAUGAGUCUUUACACGUCCGUGAAGAAUGGAGAUCUGGAAAAAUUGGUGAACGUAUUAGCAUGUGGUUACAACGCGAAUCACACAUUCCGGGAUUACGCCCAUCGGACAAGUUUGCACAUAGCCGCGGAUAAAGGCCAUCUGUCGUGUGUGCAUGUCCUGGUUCAAGCGGGUGCUCAAGUAGAUGUAAUGGAUAGGAACCAAUUGACGCCGUUGAUGUUAGCCGCGAGUAAGGGUAAUGCCGCUGUGGUAAAAUAUCUAGUUAGGACAGGCGCCGACGUAACACUCAAGGGCGAGGACGGCAUGACUGCUUUGCAUAUGGCAGCCAAGUCCGGCCAUCUAGAAGUAUGCAGGAUCAUUCUGACCGAAUGUAAAGUGCCGAGGACGUUAGUAGACUGCGUAGACGAUGGCGGCUGGACAAGUUUAAUCUGGGCGUGCGAAUUUCGCCAUGCCGAGGUCGCACGAUAUUUAUUGGAUAAAAAAUGUGAUCCACUUAUUCGAGACGCCGAGCAGAACAUAGCGUUGCACUGGAGCGCAUAUAGUGGUAGUGCCGAGAUCACAGAGAUGCUUCUUAACGAGGGAUGCGACCUGAAUGCUGUUAAUGUUCAUGGUGAUACUCCCUUACACAUAGCAGCUAGACAGGAUCAAUAUGCAGUUAGUGUUCUACUGUUAGCACGCGGUGCUAAAAUAGGAGAAGUGAAUGCUGCUGGUGAAACCGCGGUCAAUUGUUGCAGCACAGACGGUGAUACUAUGGCUGCCUUAAGGUUGAAUGCAAAGGUUAAUGAACUCUCUGAACAUAUGUGGGAGAAAACGGUUAAAAUAUUGACAAAUGACAUUUCACGGGGAAAGGAAACAAAUCCUAUACAAUGUGUUAACGGAUACGAUUCCGAAGAUAAGCCAACUGAUUUUCUUUAUGUGACAGAAAAUUGCUUCACUAGUAACAUUAACGUGGAUCGUACGAUAACGUCACUACAGUCUUGUCGCUGUGAGGACAAUUGCAGCUCCGAAAAGUGCUUGUGUGGAAAUAUAAGUCUGCGAUGUUGGUAUGAUGAGGAGGGAAAGCUCAUACCUGAGUUUAAUUAUGCAGAUCCACCAAUGUUGUUCGAGUGUAACCCAGCUUGUGACUGUAAUCGCAUUACAUGUAACAAUCGAGUGAUUCAGCACGGAUUGACGCAAAGAUUUCAAUUGUUUCGCACAAAAGGCAAAGGUUGGGGACUCCGAACUCUACGACAUAUUCCUAAGGGCACGUACGUCUGUGAAUAUGUCGGUGAGAUAAUCUCUGAUUCUGAGGCUGAUCAUCGCGAGGAUGACUCUUAUUUGUUUGAUUUAGAUAACAGAGACGGAGAAACGUAUUGUAUAGACGCGAGACGUUAUGGGAAUAUCGCUCGAUUCAUCAAUCACUCAUGCGCGCCAAAUUUAUUGCCGGUACGAGUAUUCGUUGAACACCAGGACUUGCACUUUCCAAGGAUAGCGUUCUUUGCCAACCGCGACAUCGAGGCGGACGAAGAGCUCGGCUUUGAUUACGGCGAGAAAUUCUGGAUAAUAAAGUGCAAGUCCUUCACGUGUACCUGCGGAGCCGAAAACUGCCGUUAUUCUGAGAAGACUAUACAAGUUACGCUGGAUAACUAUCGAAGAAAGAUACAGCAGGAGGAAAUAUUGGCAGCUCAAACGUCAUCGUAACCAUAAUGGGAUUUAGUUAAAUUUUUUAGGUGAUUUUUCGCAAAUACGACGACAGCAACGUCGUACGUAGAAUUCAUCGUCCACGCGAUUAAUUUUCCGAUUCGCUGCGAAAUCGGUUGCCGUGAGGCGGCGCGCAAUUAUAAAAGUACAAAUGCAAAACGGUGGUGGGAUGCGAUUUAGGUUUCUUUCCCAAAAGACGUUUACUUACUGAAUUGUAUUAUUCGAUUUCGAAGUUUUGAAAAAUCGUAUCCGAACGAUCAUGUUAUUUCUACCGAAUAUCGAACGUUCGUCCACAUAGAAAUUGACGACCGGUCUAUCAAGUGAUUUUCUUACAUCUUUUGUUUUUUAAAUAUCGAUAAAUAAGAAUAUGUAAUUUGCGGUGAAAAGUAUUCUGAGCAUACAAUUGCGAUUUAUGAAAAUAUGUAUACUAAAGAAAACAAUAAUAAUCAUGAAAUAUGAAAAAGUAUACGAUAAACACUAAUGUGAUUCUUGCAAAGGAAGAUUAUAUUUAUAGGAGUUAAAAUAUGUUUUAAGUCUUGACAGACCGGUAAUUAAUAAUAAUUUAUAUGAAUUGCCUUUGAUUUGACUCGAAAGGUAUUUUUAAUAUUAAAUAUAGUAAUUAUCAUAUUUUGCAUAAUAUAUUCUUCUCACAUUCUAUUUUUCGAGUCAAAUCUAAAAAGAAUUUAAUAUUAUCGUCCAUAUUUCCCCUCAGGCUCGCUUGUACUUGUUUCCUAUUUUUGCCAAUCUUUAUAAGAAUACAACGACUCUACGAGAAAAUGUCACGUCAAUUUUUUUCCUUUUUUUUAUAACGAAAUAACUAUGCAUAAUAUAUAUAUUGACGGUUAGUUUAUCUGUGUGAGCUGCGAAGAUAUUUUGUAUGUUAAAAUAUUGUUAUAGUCCUAUUUGGACGACUUAUGUGAUUAUAAGAGAUAUUUGAAGUUACUGUCGCUUUUAAGUGAAUCGGAAUUGGGAUAAUCACAUUGCGUGUUCGUGUGUUCCUUACUAUAUAGAAGCUAUGUAUUACAUUUUCCAAUUAGUCGCUCAUAUCUCAAAGGAGAGCGUUUAAUGUUGGAUUCACUGCAAGCGAUAUAGUAGAUAAGAAUACACUUUUUUUUGUACAAACGAUUGACUUUUUGUAUAAUAAAAGUUAUAGUCCUUUUUAACAUA